AUGUUCUUCGGUGAUUUUGGCUUUGGCGGAAUGCCAGGAGGCAUGCCGCAUCAUCGUUCAAGAGAGGUUGAUAAUGAAAAAUUCUACAAAACGCUAGAAUUGUCGAGAGACUGCUCUGAAAGUGAGAUUAAGAAGGCUUAUAGAAAACUCGCCAUUAAACAUCACCCUGAUAAGGGUGGUGAUCCUGAGAAGUUCAAAGAGAUUUCCAGGGCUUAUGAGGUACUAUCAGAUCCCGAGAAACGCCGCAUCUAUGACGAACACGGUGAGGAAGGCGUUGAUGGCAACUUCUCCCAUGGUGACGCGAGUGAUAUAUUCGACCUGUUCUUUGGCGGUGGUCGUAAAUCCAAGGGUAAAAAGCGUGGUGAAGAUGUUGUGACGCAGCUCAAGGUCACUCUGGAACAGAUGUACAACGGAGCUAUGCGAAAGCUAGCAAUUAACAAGGAUGUUGUAUGUGAGAGCUGUGACGGUCUCGGUGGACCUAGUGACGCUUUCGUUAACUGCGACUUAUGUAACGGUCGUGGUAUCCGUGUUCAGAUUCGUCAGAUGGGUGCCAUGAUUCAGCAGUCUCAAUGUAUGUGUAAUGCUUGCAAUGGACAAGGUCGUACAAUCAGCGAUUCUAAACGUUGCAAGAGCUGUUCCGGUAGAGGUGUGAUGCAAACUAAGAAGAUAUUGGAAGUUAGCAUCGAGCGUGGUGUACCAGAUCAGCACCGGGUAACAUUCCAUGGUGAAGCUGAUGAAAGACCCAACGAAAUUCCUGGGAAUGUUGUUUUUAUCAUCUGCCAGGCACCUCAUGAGCAAUUCAAGCGUAGCGGCGCUGAUCUUAUCAUGCUGAAGACAAUUCAAUUAUAUGAAGCAUUGACCGGAUGCACGUUUUACGUUAAACAUCUAGAUGGGCGCAUAUUAGCUGUCCAGACACCGGAGAAUGAGAUUGUUCGUCCCGGAUCUGUAUUUGUCAUUGAGAAUGAGGGUAUGCCUGUAUUCAAGAGUGCGUUUGGCAAGGGUAAUCUUUAUGUAACUUUUGAGGUUCAAUUCCCGAUUUCACGCAAGUUUAGUGCCGUCGAGAAAGAGAGACUCCUGGAACUUUUCCCCUACAAACCUGAGCAGCCGCCAUCAGGUGUUUCCACUAUUGUGAACGUUGGAGCCAGCGAGGUUGACCCUGAAGAAAUCCAAGAAAGAGCACGCGUCCAUGCUCACGUGGAACACGAUAGGGACGAUGAACCGGAAGGUAAUCGCGUGCAGUGCAAGCAGCAAUGA